AUGUCCGCGCCAUCGCCCGCUCCGCUCCCCAACUUCGCCCGCGCCGCGUCGCGAAGAGCGUUCCUCACCGCCUCCGCGCUCGGGAUCUCCGCGAUCACGCGCGUCGGCGGUGCGCACGCGCGCGCCGUCGCCGCGAACCCGCGAACGGCGACGAAACCUGAACUCGACGGCCCGCGCACGCGCGUCGCGCUCAACGGCCGACGCCUGAUCGCCAUCGGAGACCUGCACGGUGACUUUUUGGCCAUGGUGAAAUCGCUCGAGCUCGCGCAGGUGAUCGAUGGGAACGGGAAGUGGAACGGCGGCGACGCCGUCGUCGUCCAAGUCGGCGACGUGCUGGACCGAGGCGAUAGUGAAAUCGCCAUCCUGCGUAAACUACGAUCGCUGGCGAAGCAAGCGAAGGAAGCGGGUGGAGACUUGAUCACGAUGAAUGGGAAUCACGAGAUCAUGAACGUGAUGGGGGAUUUUCGAUACGCCACGCCGGGGGCGUUCGAGGAGUGUCGGCGAUACGCGGAGAAGAAACGAGCCAAGGAGAACGCGAAGGAGGGUAAAGGAGAGGAAGCGAGCGCGACGCGAGGCGACGAAGAUGAAGCGACGGCGGGCAUUCGCGCGAGGCAACAGUUGUUCAAGCCGGGUGGAGAGAUUGCCAAGUGGUUGGCGAAGCAACCGACGGUGCUCGUCGUCGACGACGGUACUGUGUUCGCGCACGCCGGGAUUGAUUUAUCGCACGUCGAGUACGGCUUUGAACGCAUAAAUAAAGAAGUCGCGAUGUGGAUGGAGGGUAAGACGAAAAUGCCUCCAAAGCAAGUGCUCGAAUCGGACGGCGUGGUGUGGACGAGGGACUACGGCGGAAAAGACGCGGGCAUCCAAUACGAAGCGCAGAGUUGCCGACGCCUCGCAUCCGCGCUCGAAGGCGCGGAUGCGAAACGACUCGUCAUUGGACACACCCCGCAAACGACCGGGGUGACGAGUGGGUGCAAAGGCACGGUCUGGCGCGUCGACGUGGGUGCGUCAAGAGGCAUUUACGGUAACUCGGCGCAAGUCAUAGAAAUUAUCGGCGGAAAGGUGCGCGUGCUCGCGUGA